GCCAAACAUCAUCUGAAACAAGACAGACCCCUUGGCGCCAAGCACACGAUCACCAUGGCUGAAUCAAACGUACAGAAAGACAAACCCGCUGAACAGUACAGCUGGUACCAGCCCGACCUCGCGCAGGUCAAGGAGCCCGCCCGGACUUUGCUGGCCGAGUACAGCAAGAUCCCCGAGGAGAGGAUCAUUGACCAUGUCAAGGAGGUGCGCGAUCGCGCCUUCGCCGUGUUCCCCUACCCCUGCAUCGGAUCCUUCCGCUUCCUCGACAUCACCAUCUGCGCCUCCCCAGCUUACCCGGAGAUCCUCUCGCGCCUGAAGUCCUCGAACGAGACAUACCUAGACCUAGGCUGCGCAAUGGGUCAAGACAUCCGCUACCUGAUCCGCCAAGGCGCCCCAGCCUCUGCCCUAUACGGAAGCGACCUGCACCCCGAAUUCAUCACCCUGGGCUACGACCUCUUCGCCGACCGCACCAAGCUAGCCACCGAAUUCAUCCCCAGCGACAUCUUCGACCCCUCCUGCGCAUUGCUCCAGCGUCUGACAGGAAAGGUCGACAUCAUCAACGCAGCCUCUUUCUUCCAUCUAUUCGACUGGGACAGGCAGGUGGCGCUAGCCAAGCAGGUUAUCACGCUGCUGCGGCCGCAAAAGGGGUCGCUGCUCGUCGGCCGGCACGUCGGAGACUUUGUGGCCGGUGAGCGCGAGGACAGCGAGCUUGGGGCUACCUACUAUCGGCAUGAUCUGGAGUCAUGGCGACGGAUGUGGGCGCAGGUGAUGGCGGAGACGGGAACGAAGUGGGAGGUCGACGUGCGGGCCGAGGAGUGGGCGGAAGUCAAGCUGAAUCGGUAUAAUCGGCAGAGUUCGUUUAAGAUGGUUUUUGUGGUGAGGAGGGCUUAGCUGGGUGGUUUUGGUGAUGUGGAGGAGGGAGAGGCAGGUGGUUGAGGAUUUGGACGGGGGUUGUAGUAAAAGCUGUAGGUGGGAGGGGGAAAUAGGUAGAUGAAAGAUAACUC